AUGAACAUGGACGAAACAACCAUCUCCUCCAUCAUCUACGAUCUCCACAAAAUCGAGGCAGAGCUCGAGUCCCGCCUUCACGCGUCCCUCAAUAAUCUCCAGGAUCAUUUCCGAUCCCUCUGGCAUUCAAUUGACGUCGAAGAGGAGAAAUUCAUCGCGAUCGUCAAACGAUACACAACAGAGGAACAAUUCGAAACGACCCGGGAAACAGCGAAAAUGUCAAUAUAUGAACUCUCCGAAGAUCAUCAACGGCAGAUUUACGAGCUAGACGUUGUUUUCGAAGACUUGUCAAGGAAAAAUGCUGAAAAAUAA